AUGACAAGUCGCUAUAAGCCCGAGCUCCUCAAGUUUAUGUCCUACAAGGACGGCGUCGAGUACAACAGCGAUCACGCCUUCACUAUGGAGGAGUUGCUUGCUAUAACCCCCGAGCACGUAUGCCACUGGAUGAAUGAGCUAGCGUACGGAAGCCCAGUCCCCAGCGACGACAUGAGACCUGUUCAUCGCAGAUCUGCCACUUUAGAGUUCUCGAAGAAAGCCAUAUCAUCCUUCAUGCCCCGAAUAAACGCAUCGUGGGAUCCUGUGACAGCGCACGGAAAUUCUACGCGAUCAGACGCAGUUAAUAAGCUGAUUAAGCGAGUGAAGAAGUUUGAGGUUCGCAGAGAGGGUGUCGAGCCAAAAGCGCGGCGAAGCCUGGAGUUUGACGAGUUCCUGAAUUCGUUGUCUCUUGUGCGCUCAAAAUGGGGGAAGGGUGAGACGGCGUACAUGGUGAGCAGCGUCCUUACCUUGCAGUGGCACAUUAUGGCUCGUAUAGAUGACAUGAUGAAGUUACAGUUUGCCAAUUUUGUGCCGAAUAGGCAGUACCCUUCCACGCUAUUGUGCCAGAUGCGAUGGUCGAAGAACAUACAUGAAGAACGAGACGCCCCUGAGCAGAUUGUACUCGGCAGUAUGGACCCAAAAAUGUGUGGGUUACUCAACUUGGCCGUCUACAUUGAGACGAGCACGAAUGUUUCUAACUCGGAGUUCAUCUACGGUCACCCGAAGGAUGGGAAUCGCGUGGUGCGUCGGUUUCUGGGAGACAUCAUUACAAACACCGCUUUUAAGAAUAUGAAGACAGGGAAACUUGGAACACACAGCUUUCGCAAGGGUGCAUCAACGUAUGCUUCUCGGUGCGGAAUGUCAAAGGACUUUGUUAACCGCCGUGGACGCUGGAGGACACGCAAAGGCGUUGUUGACGUCUACAUUGACAACACGCAGCCAUACCCCGAUGCCUGCACUGCAGCAGCACUGGCGGGACCACUAGGUCCAUGUUUCUACGUACGCAAACAUGGGAUUGACUGUGUUUCUCCAACACUAUUUGUUGACCAGAUAGCACCUACAAUCAAACAAGUGAUGGGUGAGGCGGUGGCAACUACACUGGCGAUGCCGUUGUUAUGGGCAGCUAUGGAACCCUCUGACAACUACACAUACGAGCUCAUUCCAGAUCGACUCAAGCAGAAAAUUAUUGGCGCUUACGUUAAUUCGGGAGGGAGUGAAUCUCUAAAUCCGAUAGACCGAGUGGGUGCAACAGACGUUAAUCGUCGAGGAAUUAUUGCUGGUAGCAGCACAGGAGGAGAAGGUUCUCGCCGAGAGUUUGCUUCUCUUCACUCGCAGUAUGCAGCCGUACAGCGUUCAGUGUCAGAGCUUAUGAGCGAGAUGCAGCGGUCUCGACAUGAAAACCAACGUGAACUGCAAAAGAUUCAGACGAUAUUGAAGCGAGUAAUGAUGCAGCCAGCAGUCCGCUUAGACGCGCCUUCACAUGUGGUAGUUUAUCCGGAAAAGAGAGUUGCACGGUUAUCAAAGCGACCAAAGGACUUGUUCGAGCUCUGGCACGAAUUUCAGUUUGGUAAUGGUGGGCUCAAGCCAGCAAAGGACUUUACACCGGUCGAACGAGGUGCCAACAAGUUUGCAUUUUCUCGGAGAAAGGUCUUUUGGGAUAUCGUGGCGGCACUGAUUCGUUCGGGUUACACUAGUGAUACUGCGAUAGAUAAAAUUUACGCUGUGUACGGUAGGCAGCUCCCUGUGUCGAGCAUCCUGACUGCUCUGCGUGGCAAGGUGGCCAUGCAAGUCUUCGCCUGUAAUAAUCUUCCACAGUACUAA